AUGAAGAAAACAGGGGGCGGCGGUGGAGCUGCCGGCGACAAAAAGAAGGGCCGCCGCUCCGACUCCGUCGCCUGCACCGCUCCUAGGAAGCAGGCUGUAAGAGAGGAUGUUUUCCAGAUAUUUGCCGAGCGAGUUAGGAAUCAUAAGGAUCUGGAGUCUAGGUGGGCUGUCUUACAGGAGACUCGAGUCGAAUAUUUUAGAGGAAAAGAUCUUGUUAGUUUUUUGAAAAGUCAUCCAGAACUCAAGGACUUACUUGAACAAGAUAAGAACUUAGAAACUGAAGAUAUUGCUAACAUUUUGCUGAGAAAGAGUCUUAUAGUGCGAUGUGACCGUGUUGUCAAAACUGUUCGGCCUGGAAAGAGAAAGUUGUCUACUUGGCCUGCGCAUUUGGAGAUAUUUGCAGAUCAAGUGUUCUCUGGUAAUGAUGCUUUUUUCGCUUGGACUUUUGUGAACCGAAGGCCACUAUGGCAGACUCUACUCUCGUUUUUCUGGCCUGUUUUGACUCUGGCCAUCUGCUUGUUCCCUGUGUAUCCCCACCAAGUCAAGAUUCUUAUACUCUACUUCUGCGCUGGUGUACUGCUUCUCAUACUCUGCCUCCUUCUACUGAGGGCCCUUGUGUUUGGAGCUUUGUGGAUCGUUUUAGGGAAACGUGUAUGGUUCUUCCCAAACAUACUUGCAGAGGAAGCCACACUGAAGGAAUUAUUCCAAUUUUGGCCACAGAAGGAUGAGGGUGAUCGGCCCAAGUGGACAGCCCGAUUGUUUUACGCGUUGGUGGCCGUUCUCGUCAUUAUACUUUUGAGGCACCAUGCUCCUGAUGAAGCUGCUAGAGCCAGGUACCAGAAGAGGGUGUCCAAUAUAAUUGAUGAUGUUCUUGAUUGGUCCCCUAAGCUUGCCCUGUCGGGCAUGAUGGACAAGCAGAACGUGACUGCUUCCAAGAACGUCACAGAUGGUGGGCCCGGGUCCGAAUAUACAGAAGGUGAAAAAACGGGAGCCGGAGGCUGA